UGUCCAUAUAAGGCUUCUGUAUUUCCCUGAGCUUUGACAGUUAAAACGUCAUCAAAACAGACAAUAAGCAUGUCGGACUCCCUGGCCGCAGUCGCCGAUGUAGAGAUUGAUCCGGAAGGAACCUUCAAGUAUAUUUUGGUCCGAGUGAACGUGAAAGGCGGCGACGUUUGCAAAGACAUUGUCCGCGGUACAAAAAGUGCCGAGUAUCACAAUCAUAUUUUUGAGAAGGUCAAGCCAGCUGUGGAGGCCUUGGGGAUGGAGUGUCAAUGCCUCGGUGGAGGGAAGAUCGAGUACAAAAGUCAAGAGAAAAAAAUAAGGGUGUUCGGAGAGUCCACUGGUUUCGGCAAAGCAGAUCAUUCUGUGUCAGCAGAGAAAUUGAAGAGCGUCUUCAGCGACUACGAGAUCACCUGGAGUGAUGACAAAAAAUAAGAUAAUUUCUUUACAUUUGCACUAAUUAGAACACCGGAGUCAAAUUCUAUUCGUCUGUGUGCUUCAUUCCUUGUAAUGGAAAAAAUUCACCAAACUGCAUGUGUUAUUGUUUUUCAAAGAUUAGGAGGAUGAUUAAACCUUUAUCAGGUUUAGAAUGACUCGCUCAUACUUUUGCUUUUAGGAUAGGAGGAAGUGAGACAUUUUGGAAUCAGUCAUACUUUGAUUCAGAGGAAGGGUUUCAUUUUUCUUCCCAGUCCUCAAAAGGAAAGAGAAGCUUUCACUUGUUAUUGUGAUUAAAUGUUGACAUUUCAGAGCUGUACGAGAUUGAAUUGUUGUUUAUAAUCUUGCUUGGCGGCUGACUAAAUAGAAGCCAGGAAAGUGAAACUACAACUCUCUUUGAGCUGACUCCGUAUUGAACAAAUAUUGACAGUCUGGAAAUAGCUCUUUAAAUUUAUCUCAAGCCCCCCACCCACCCAAAUCACAGGGGCAAGGAGAGCAUUUAACCGUAAAUGAAAUAAACUUAAAAUAACUAUCCUACCGUGCAUAUAAUUAAAUAGAUGGAUGAAUGUAAUAUACAAACCCACUUUUCUUUACGGUCAUUUGUUUGAGCCUUAAAAAAAAUGAUUUCUUCGGCAUUACAAUAUUGUGGCCAGUGAGUGUAAUGCCCUUAAAGUGCAGCAGUAAUCAUGUUUAUUUCAUAUUUCACGCGGUAUUUUAUGCUCCUGAAUAAAAUGUUUUAGCAUCUAUUUGAGACGUGCUAAUGUUAGCCUCGCCAUGUUAGCAUUUCAUUGAGCAUAUAUUUUGUGUUUCUUUUUUAUAGUUUCACUCCGAUUCAUUGUUGUCAGUGUGACUUUUUGGUCUGAAAGAGGUCAAUAAAAGGAGCUUGGACGCUCACUUCCUGGCUCUUGAAAAGGAGUUUGGCUUGCUGUUUAUCUAUGUUAACACUUGGAAGCCUAACACAUAAAGAGAACAGUACACGGACUGCUUGGAUGUGUGUGGAAGCAAUCGAUAUAUAUAUGUUUUUGUUUUUUUUUUAUCCCGCGCCAUAAAAAACAAGUGACUUCCUGGAUUGACAAAGAAUGCGAAUGUGACGUCAGCAGGCUAAUCAUCUUCAGUAUACAGCCAAUACUGUAGUUUGCAGAACGACUGAGGAUUCAGCUGAUUUUGCGGAUUAUUUCAUUUAUUUUUCGAAUCAUCCCAGCCUAAUGUGCUGCAGGCUUUUGUUCCUGCACAACUGAGAGGGGUGUGAGCCUUUUUGGGUUUCAAAACGUUCCUGUUCACCGGGGAUAAUGGCCAAAGCAAGUCCGACAACUGUGGGACCAAUGGACCGACGAGGAAGUGAGUAAGCUUCGUGUUUUAUAUUAUGUCAAAUACUGGAGUCAUGGCACACGUUUUAAUACAGAGGUGACUUACAUUUUGUGGGUGACAAUGCUGCUUGUCCACUGAGAAGGCCACCCGGCCGACGACCAGCGGCUUGUCACACACCAUGGUCACUUCCACCCCCCGGUCCUAUUUGCGGGCCCGCCGAGAAUACGCUUUCCUUGGCUUGGCCGCAAGCAGCCCCCCGCUCCAAAGUCAGCCGGUUUGUCCGGCGGUCAUUUCCCACCUGUGUCCCGGGGCAAACGAGCACUCCUGCCCACAGCAGGGGAAGGAUGAGCCAAAACUUGCUCACCGCCGGGGGCUGCCCAAUCGGUGAAGACAAUCAACCCCGCCGCCGUGUGUGACAGAGUAGGGGUAGUUUUGUGUGAUUUUUAAUUUUCAAAAGGCAAGAAUAAGACUUGGAAAAGCUCCUCGGUUCGGGUUAGCAUGUCGGGUAGCUGUCACGCCUCCUGUUUUGUUUACGCUCUUUCCACCGUCUCCGAAGCCGGGGCAGGGAAAUGACAAAAGCCGGACUAACUGCGGUGGCAUAAAAUACCAUUCGGGAGAGGAAGAAGUUGGCAGUUUUGACCAUUAUGCAGUAAUUUUGCACUGUCGUACUGAAUAAAUGCAUUUUUAAAUAUUUUAUAUUCAAUUUAGCACAAGACUGUUAUUUGUCAUGAGCAUACAAUUUAUUUAGCAAUUGGGGAAAAAUACUUCCGAUAAAAAGAAAAUCCUGUAAAGAUAUUGCUGCUCUCUGUCACAUUUUCCUCGUUCUGAAUCUUCCCCCUCAAUGGGCUGAAUUCUAAAUCAGAUGAAAUUGUGAACCUGCCGACGACGUCAUCCAGUUGGGGACGCUUGAGUGCUAUAAUGACAGGCGGGGCUCGAAAGGCAGAUUAAAAGACAAAUUUCUUGUCAUCUGCGCUUUGCCACAUUGUUGUGUAUAGUCGAAUCGUCUCAGAACAUGAUUCUAACUCACAUAAUAAUGCCUUUUAAGAUUUUUUUUAUGCUGUCACAGGCACCUUAAACUAAUGGAAUUUCUGAGUACAUAAUCACCACUACAUCCUCUUCCUGGUGUUUUCGCGUAUUGAGGUGAGAGAGUUCCAAAAGUUGUAUGUUGGCACCUAAUCACUGGAGCCAUUUUUAUCAUCACCUUCAUUGUUUUGGCAUGAAUCUUACUUGAAGAGGAAUUGGAGGGGUCCUCAGCUUGAACAGAGGACCCAACAUAGCAUACUUGCAACAUGGCCAAUUACCCUGUGACCUUGCACUGAGGAAAACAAAAGGCUGCCUUCCUUCCAAGUCGCAUCCUUAAACCGGAGCCGGUUUCCUGCGAACCGCUAAACUUUCCGUUACUCUCAAAGAGCAAGCAGGGAAAAGUCUUAUCUGUGGGACUCUGCCCUUUUCGCGGAAAUUUGCUCCAGUUUAGUGUCUGAAGGGAGGAAUGCUGUCAUACGGACAAGCCCACAACAGAAAAUUAAAGUUUUGUUCCUUCAAAUGGAAACCUUUAAGAAUGACUUAAACUUAAUUCGUGGAGUCUUAAAAAGGCUUAAAUUAUAUUCAAAUGAUUGGAUUAUUUUUUUUAAAUUUCUCCUAAUAUGUCAUAAAAGGUCUAAAAUAUUACUGUGAAAGGUCUUAAAAAUCUAUUGACUUUUAUUUACAUGCAUGAAAUUCAGUCUCGCUUUCAAAUGUUUUCAUUUUUGGGGAGGCUAUAACUUAACUACAAAGCAGAACUACCCUGUGCUGCCCGAUCAGAAUUUAUCGAACACCCUUUCUGCAUAAAAUCACCAUCAAAUGUAAUCUGAUCUUUGUCAAAAUCAAACAGAUAAAUAAACGGUGUAUGCUUUAACUAAAACCACCCAAACAUUUAUAGGUUUUCAUAUUUUAAUGAGGACAGUAUGCAAUCAAUGACAGAAGGGGGGGAAAUUAAGUAAGUGAAACAUCACAGUUAAUAUUUUGUGGCCCCGCCUUUGGCAGCAAUAACUUCAACCAGACGCUUCCUGUAGUUGCAGAUCAGUCUGGCACAUCGAUCAGGACGAAUCUUGGCCCAUUUUCUCUACAAAAUUGCUGUAGUUCAGUCAGAUUCCUGGGAUGUCUGGCAUAAAUCGCUGUCUUUAGGUCAUGCCACAGCAUCUCAAUGGGGUUCAAGUCUGGAAUUUGACUUAGCCACUCCAGAACUAGUAUUUUGAUCUUCUGAAGCAAUUCUGGAGUUGAUUUACUUGUGUGUUUUGGAUCGUCUUGUUGCAGCAUCCGACCUUUUUUUUUAGCUUCAACUGUCUGACAGAUGGCCUCAGGUUUUCCUGCAAAACAUCCUGAUAAACUGAAUUCAUUCUUCCAUUAAUGACUGCAAAAUGUCCAGGCCCUGAGUAAGCAAAACAGCCCCAAAUCAUCAUGACCCCUCGACCAUGCUUCACGGUGGGGAUGAGGUGUUGAUGUCGGUGAGCUCUUCGAUUUUUCCUCUACACAUGAUGUUGUGUGUUACACUCAAACAAUUCAACUUUGGUUUCAUCAGUCCACAAAAUAUUUUGCCAAAACUUCUGUGGAGUGUUCAAGUGCCUUUUUGCGAACAUUAAAUGAGCAACAAUGUUUGUUUGUUUUAAACAGCAGUGGCUUCUGUGGAGUCCUCCCAUGAACACCAUUCUUGGCUAUAGUUUUACCCAUAGUUGAUGUGUGCACAGAGAUAUUGGACUGUACCAGUGAUUUCUGUAAGUCUUUAGCAGACACUCUAGGGUUCUUUUUUACAUCUCUGAGUAUUCUGCACUGGACUCUUGGCGUCAUCUUUGUUGGACGGCCACUCCUUGGGAGAGAAGCAAGAGUGCCAAACUCUCUCCAUGUGUAGACAACUUCUCUGGCUGUCGAAUGAUGAACAUCCAGACUUUUAGAGAUGGUUUUGUAUCCUUUCCCAGCUUUAUACAAAUUGAAGAAUUAUAUUUCCAUUUAUUCACAAUAAUUAUAUAUGGACAUUGCAUUCUCCAACUUAAGACCGUGUAUGCCUUCGAGUAGCAGCACAUCUGGAAAACAUUAGCUAUAGGGGUUCACAAUGCACAUUCCAAGGAACUUUACCCACCACCAAGUUAGAGAGAAAAGGACUUCAACCAGAGUGAGAAAAACACUUUUGUCUUGCGUGUCGUCCGGACCAUGUCUCGUUUAUUCUGUCUGUGUGUCUUUCAGUGUAAAUUCUUUGUUCUUUUUCAUUUCCGAAUUCUAUGUCAUCAUCUCCUGUUCUUUAUAAGAAUAAAACAACCUGUAACAAGGAUAAAUCGACUAUUUUCCUUCAAAAUCAACAAUCCUUGAUCGCAGGUCUUUAGACAGCUCUUUUGACCGAGCCAUGAUGCACAUCAGACAGUGCUUCUCAUCAAGACAAUUCUUAUCAGGUGUGUGUUUUAUAGUGGGCAGGGCAGAUUUAAACCACUCAUCAGUGACUGGGCACACACUUGACUUAAAUUGUUUGGUAAAAAUUGGUUUCAAUUGCUCUUUAAAGAGCAUACGACUCGAGAAAAAAAGUCUUAAAUGGUAUUAUUAUGUGAAUUAGAAUCAUAUUUUGAGACGAUUCGACUAUAUACAACAAUUUAGCAAAGCACAGAUGACGAGAAAUUAGUCUUUUAAUCUGCCGGUUAGCCACACCUACCAUUAUAGGGCUUUAGCGUCCCCAACAGGUGGAUGACGUCAGCGGUAGACUGGGCUCAUCGGUUUUACUUUUCAGCCCAUUGAGGGGGAAUUAUUCAGAACGAGGAAAACGCGACGAAGAGAGCCGCAAAAUGUCAUUGUUUCAGUCUCUCUACUCCAAUAUUUUUACAGGAUAUUCUUUUUAUCCAAGUAUUUUUCCCCAAUAGCU